CUCUUUCGGCCGCAUAUAUAUAUCUCUCUUUUUCAACCCGAAGAACCCCUACCCUCUGCCGUCUCCUCCCAUCUCGGCAAGCAGACAGCGACCGGCAUUUUUCCGGCUACGGACGGGGACUCUAUUUCAACCCCACCGUUCUUUUAAUCAGAGAUGGUGAGAAUUAGUGUUCUGAAUGAUGCUCUCAAGUGCAUGUAUAAUGCGGAGAAGCGGGGAAAGCGCCAAGUGAUGAUCAGGCCAUCCUCAAAGGUCAUCAUUAAGUUCCUACUUGUGAUGCAGAAGCAUGGAUACAUUGGGGAGUUCGAGUAUGUUGAUGAUCACAGGUCUGGUAAAAUUGUGGUGGAACUGAAUGGCAGGCUAAACAAGUGUGGGGUCAUCAGUCCUAGGUUCGAUGUGGGUGUGAAAGAGAUUGAAGGGUGGACAGCUAGGUUGCUUCCUUCAAGACAGUUUGGGUACAUUGUGCUGACCACAUCUGCGGGUAUCAUGGACCAUGAGGAGGCACGGAGAAAGAACGUUGGUGGCAAGGUGCUUGGCUUUUUCUACUAGGAUAUGUUGUAAUGCAGCGAUAUUUGCUUGUGAUGAGGUUUUAGGGGAUACUCCUCAGGAAGAGGUUUACAAACUGGGCUAGAAUAGUUUGAUGUUGGGUUAUUUUCUUGUGUUUUGCUCCAAAUGCGAGUAUAAUGUCAUUUACCCGCAAUUGAUAAACUUCAUUGUUUUGAAUUUUGAUUUUGUUCGACUUUUGAUUAAAGAGAUUGAUGAUGUUCGGAAAACUUGACAUCGUUGUUCA